CGGGUUUAUUAAUUCUAAGGUAAUUGCGUAUAGCUUGUUAUUUCCAUUGGCUUCGUGUCAAAUUUUAAUUAAUUGUUAAUAUAAUCUAAAUUAACAUGGCUGAGGAAUUUGAACCCAUGGAACCAAGUUUAAAAAAUGUUAUUGAUCAGACUUCUCUAAAGUGGAUUUUUGUGGGUGGAAAGGGAGGCGUUGGUAAAACAACAUGCAGCUGCAGUUUGGCUGUCCAAAUGGCAAAAGUUAGGGAAUCCGUCUUGAUUAUAUCCACGGAUCCAGCCCACAACAUUUCCGAUGCCUUUGAUCAAAAAUUUACCAAAGUUCCAACAAAGGUCAAUGGAUUUACUAACCUUUUUGCAAUGGAAAUUGACCCGAAUGCUGGUCUUAACGAAUUACCAGAUGAAUACUUUGAGGGAGAUAACGAAGCUUUACGACUCAGCAAAGGAUUCCUUCAUGAAGUGGUUGGAGCUCUUCCGGGCAUCGAUGAAGCUAUGAGUUAUGCUGAAGUUAUGAAACUUGUUAAAGCAAUGAACUUUUCAGUUGUAAUAUUCGACACGGCCCCCACAGGACACACUUUGCGAUUAUUAUCUUUUCCUCAAGUAGUGGAGAAAGGCUUGGGUAAAAUGCAGAGGUUAAAACUGAAAAUAAGUCCUUUUAUAACACAGUUUGGAAGUCUGUUGGGAAUGCCCGUAAAUGCCGACUCGCUGACGCAAAAGCUUGACGAGAUGUUGAAAGUCAUACGACAGGUUAACGAACAAUUUCGUGACCCCGAUCAAACUACUUUUGUAUGUGUAUGCAUUGCGGAGUUCUUAUCAUUAUAUGAAACAGAAAGAUUGGUCCAAGAGCUUACGAAAUGUGGUAUUGACACACACAAUAUCAUAGUUAAUCAAUUAUUGUUUAUGAAACAGAAUCAACAACCAUGUGCAAUGUGUGCAUCCAGAUAUAAGAUCCAAGAAAAGUAUUUAGACCAGAUAGCUGAUCUUUAUGAAGACUUUCAUGUAACAAAAUUGCCCUUAUUGGAAAAGGAGGUGCGAGGAGUAGAAAAUAUAAAAAACUUCUCUGAAAACCUUAUGAAACCGUAUGAAACCAACUAGAAUCAACUUAUAUUUUUUUAAAAUUCUUUAAUAAUAUUGUAACAUUUUAUUAUAAUAUGUUGGCGCUAGUAAGUUGUUUCAAAUAUUUGUACUCAUUUUUUGUAUGGUUUCUGUUGAUUAUUGGACUAAUUUUUUAUUUGGCUCGAGGUCAGUAAAUAUAUUUCUUUCAGCAACGACGAUUAUCAUCAGAGAUUGAAAGUCAAAAGUUUUAGCUUCUUAAGAUUCCGAUCGAUUUGGUGAACAACGAAAAUCUCAUUCUUCAGUGUAAAUAUUGCAACAUUGGAAUGGAAGAACGGAAUCAAAACAAACCAUGUGAGAAGAAAAGAUAAAAAAGUGUAAAAUGUGAAAUAUAUUCUAUUUACAAAAAGUU